UUUGAUGAAAUUGCAGAGCUUGCUGUUGGAAAUAUUGUUAGGCGUGUUCUUCAUAUUAUCCGGGAGGAGGAUCUUUCUCUUUUGGCCAGUAAAACAGGCGACUUAGAUUUAUCAGCUGCAAGUGAUGAUGAAGGAACCAUAGACCACGAUUGUGACCCAAUUCAGUCUGCUGCAGCAGCUGCGGCUAAAAGCUUUUUACGAUCUCCCUCAUUGCAUGCACUUCUGGAGAGUAUGCCCGAUAAAGCUUUACCGAGUAACAUAUACACCUCCUCUUCAGGUGGAGAUUCUGAAGAGAAAAGCAAAGCUGAUAAACUUGCCAGGACUCGGAAGUUAAAACAUGACGUCAUUGAGGCAAUUAACAUACUAAUUGAAGAUAUCGAUACUUGUCAUGAGCUGAUCGCAGAGCAGGCAGUUGAGCAUAUUCAUCAAAAUGAAGUAAUACUAACAUUAGGUAGUUCAAGAACUGCCUUGGAAUUCCUCUGUGCCGCAAAAGAGAAAAAACGGUCUUUCCGGGUGGUUGUUGCAGAGGGCGCACCAAGGUACCAGGGGCAUGCUCUUGCAAAAGAGCUGGUAGGAAGAGGUCUACAAGCUACAGUAGUAACAGAUUCUGCUAUUUUUGCAAUGAUUUCUAGAGUAAAUAUGGUUAUAGUGGGAGUUCAUGCAAUAAUGGCCAAUGGCGGUGUCAUUGCACCUGUUGGUAUGAACAUGGUUGCACUUGCAGCUCAAAAGCAUGCUGUUCCAUUUGUAGUAGUUGCCGGCAUUCACAAGUUGUGCCCUUCAUAUCCACACAAUCCAGAGGUUUGUCUUAAUGACAUGAGAUCCCCUGCUGAACUUCUGGAAUUUGGGCAAUUUUCCAAUUGCAUGGAUUUUGGAAUGGAUAGUAGGGCUCCUCUUGUUCAAGUUGUCAACCCCGGUUUUGACUACGUGUCACCUGAGCUUGUUAGCCUUCUCAUCACCGACAUGUAAGGACACUUUACCAUUUUUGUAUUA